UCCACGAAUGGGGCGUUAAUUUUUCCACAGAAGAGUACAGCAAAACAACGACCUGUUUAAUGUUGUAUUCUGCUCGGUAGAAAAUCGAUUUGCUUGUGCAAAAUUGAGUGUUGGUUUUAGGUAAUUGGAAAGGUCAUUGUUUAUUCAAGUUUAGGAGGUGCGAGAUGGCGCUUGCCGGAAGCAGAUACAUUCUUCCGAAGAAGUGAAUCAGAUCGCAUCCAACGAAAAUAUUUCUCGAAGGAAACGGCACCAGCUGGAAAAUAAGUUCAAGGUACACCCACCCACUGGACUCGCAAUGAGAAUAAUUUAUUGGAUUGGUGGCGUUGGAACUGUGAUCGUUGCUAUUUCCCUGUACUGGCCACCGUUCUUCUACGUUAUCCUGUUUGUGCUGUACUCGUUGAUACUGAUUGGUCUCGCAAUCUUCGGAACCAUUUAUGUUCACUACAAGCUUACCAACAAGGAGACCAGUCACCAUGCCCGGAACCUACCAUCGGACGUUCUGUACAACGCCACCAAAUCGCAACUGUUCGAUUCACCGUCACCGCCCAGACCCGGAAAUAGUCUGCCAAUCAUUUUCGGCAGAACGGUGGACGGUCUAUUGCAGCAAAUCAUCGCCAAUGCCAUGCGAGAUGUGGUCAGUCCGGCACUGUCGGAAAUUGUUGCCAAUCCACGACGGAUUGUAGAUCUACUUCGCGAGGAUAUUUGGCUUGGAAUCGAAAAAUUACACGAACGAGCAUCUCGUGUUGAUGCACCCAAAAUGAUUGCGGUUGAUUUUGUGAUAAAAGCGACCAUUCAUCUGGAGAAGAUUCGUAUAGCUCAAGCACGAGCUGCUGAACUUGGCACUGAUCCAGUUUUUGCGACCUCGUCCUAUUUAACAACGACUGAGAAGGAACUGGAAUUUCUGAAGAAAAUUUGUGAAAUUCUAACCAUAUUUUUACUUCCACGAGGAUAUUCUCUGUCGCCAAUCAAGGAUCUACUGUCAGAAGUAAUCUCUUAUAAGGUACUCUAUCCGAUGAUCAAACUGAUUACGUCGCCAGAUUUUAUCAACCAGCAAAUUGUUGAGUGCAUUGAGACGAGGUUGGUUGCGGUAGCAAUUCACAAACGCAGCUAUGAAUAUGCUGCAAACUUCGAGGAUUUUUUGAAGAUUAUCACUGGAAGUCAAACUACCGAAGAGCUACACUCCAUUAGAAGUAGCAUUGUGAACGACAUUUUGCAAGCCACAACGAUGCAAAAUUUACAGAGAACAAGAGGCCUAGACUGUGAUUUUCUCAUUAGCAGACCUGCCAGCGGGAACAGUUCAGCCGAUUCAGACAGUGGUCCCAGCCGAGCAGAGAUCACUGCUUCCUUGAAGCUCAAAAAAUACAUUCAGCAGUUGUCGUUCGCAAAAAGUCAAUGCGAAAAAAAUUUAUCCAAGCUUGGGUGGAAUGGAAAUGUUAGCAACGAUGUUGAUUUGUCAAUCCUGGACAUUUUGUCGACCGUUGCAGGUAGACGGCACUUUACGAUUUUUUUGGAACCACUAAAAGCAUCGUCUUUGGUUGGAUUCUACACAACUGUCGAGGAACUAAAGCACACCCCGAAGGCUGCUUGGCAUCAGUUGGGUGCUGAAAUAUUCUAUACCUACAUACGAUGUCCAAAUUCGGAGAUCCCAGUCGAUAAAUCUACCCGAAAGAAAAUGGAAUCGUUUCUAGUUGGUGAUAGCGGCGCAGAAGUGUUCUACGACAUACAGCGCGAAUGCUUGGUGACCCUGGAGGACAAGUACUAUCAACCGUUUUUACUGAGUGAAGAAUAUACCAAGCUGAAAAAUUCACUAACCCAUGAAGACAUCAAAGAAAUCACUCUCAAUACAUAUAUUUCAUCCAGCACUGAAAGCCAAGAUGAAACGGCUUCCAACGCGUCGUCCAGUGGCGAUGUUGAUCCUGUCAUACUUGAUUUAAGUAAUCAUUCAACCUACGCACGGAAUAAGCUUGAACAGUUGGACGAAAAGUUAUCGAAUAAGAAUCAAGCUCUGGAAGCACUGAAACAGUCUCUAAAACCAGACUCGAAAUUGUUGACAAUAUUGGAAAAAGAAAUCGAUUGGCUAAAGGGAGAAAAGCGACAGCUUGAGUCGCAUCUAUUGCGGACUGAAGUUUGGGGUGAAUAUCUGGGAAAAUGGAGGGCGAUCGUGGAGAGCGUCGAUUUCUCGGAUGACAAAGAACCACAACCGCAGUUUAUGAUAGUUGUGCAAGUCGAUGAAGUAAAUGACUGUGGCAAGGAAGAUGUUUCAACUGCCAUGGAUGCCGCGGACAGUAUUUCGACAGGAUGGGUUGUGGUUCGAUCAUUGGCACAAUUUCACGAACUUCACCGAAAACUUCGACCGAUGUGUGCCGAUCUGAAAGCCAUCGAUCUUCCUUCGAACAAUGCGUUUAAGUUGUUUCUAUUGAAAAACGACAAAACACUGCUGGAGAAAGCUAAACAGCAGAUUCAAAAGUAUCUCAAUUUUAUACUAGAAGAUGAUCAUUUGAAUCAAAGCGAGGCCUUGUAUGAAUUUUUGAGCCCUAGCUCAGAACGACUCAAACAGAGUACGUUACCGUCGCCUUCGAAAAAGCAGUCGAAGUUUUCAUUAGCCACACUGUUUAAGGCCAACAGUGAGAAAAUGGACCAAUUCUGGGGUUCGCAUUUCAAGCUGAAUGUCGUAGAUUUUCCAGAUGAUGAUCAAGUUUCUAUGUAUUUGGAAGGAUCUACCGGCGAUAACGGAAAUUCCAAAGUUCAACCAGAUUCGGAUGCGAAGGAUUCCAUAGCUGAACCGUUAUACGCUUUGCUCGGGGAAAUUUUCGAUAUGGGUGGUGUGUUCAAAUGGCUGAGACGCAGUCUUAUCUCGUUCGUUCAGAUCACGUACGGUCAAACGAUUAAUCGACAGAUUAGAGAAUCGAUCAACUAUCUUUUCGAAGAACCCAUGCUGCACACUUAUGCCUCGACCGUACUGAAAGCUCUUUGGCCAGGUGGGGUGCUAACGAUUAAAACCCUCGAACGAACUGAAGAUCAAGAGGAAAUGACAAUGAAUGCAGCCAAAUCCCUCCUGCUGGAUAACAUCCCUGAUCUGUUGAGUAAUCUCAUUGGUGCGCAAAAUGCUAGGGCAGGUGUUAUGAAACUAUUCGACAAUGUCCAAAAUCCCGUCUACAAUAAGCAACUGUUCUAUGAUCUGUUGGAAAUCUUGAUGCUAGAAAUUUUCCCGGAAAUUCGUCAAUUGAAAGUUCCACCAAGCGUGGCUGCCGUUGCCGUUGUUGGCGGAUCAGCUUCUUCUGCCACUUCGACACCAACCCACACAGGCUACAGCAGUGCUGUAGGUGCAGCACAUUCUACACCCACUCGAAUCAUAUCCAGGACCUAAGAGAAUAUUAUAACGAAACGAAUUUGAACAGCCACCGAUUCUGCAAUAUCAUAAGCUUAUCCGUAUGUGUUUGUUAGUAGAUAUGUUUGAAAAAUGUUUAGUACGCUAUAUAUAAGAAGACUAAGACACGACAUUCUAUGAUAGGGGGGUAGUGAUUUAGGUUUAGAUUUUGUAUAGAUAUAUGAUUCUAUGCAAACGUACUAUAUCAGUUUAUUUAGAGCAUGCUGUAUUUAUUUAUUUAUUUUACAUAAAAUUUUCUCAACUAUUUCUUGUCGAGGUUGAGCAAUAGUUCAAAGGAUAAGUGAUAGAAGCCGGCAGAGCUCUGGUGUUUACAGAGUAGAUAAAACGUUUUGUUUUAUAGGAUGAGGGUGGUUGAAGAUUCAUUAUAAGAAAAUCCUGUUCCAACUGGAAACAUUCCAAACGUACUGGAAAGUAAUGCAAACUGACUGUAGAACGGUGAUAAGUGCAAAAGUCUUAGAAACGUCCUUGCAAGAAAAAUAAUUUAUAUUAUUUUAACUGUUUUUUUAAGGAAGAAAACAGGAGCUAGCUACUGCAAAUGUACAGGGUUCUAUGGCUCCUGAACCUGUAAUUUCAAAACCUGUUGUUUUGAGCGGUAUACAAUUCAUGCUACCCGAAUUAUUCUUUCGUCUUGAUUUUAGAAACGAAAAAAAUGUAUGAAUUUAUACAAUUUUAGUGGAAUCCACGUCGAACAAAGCAACGCAAUGGAUAAUAAUAAUGGAUGUGUGUGAAAACGAAAAUUUGAUAAAACGCUUUUUAUCAGGCAUUCCGGAAACGAUUAUGAGAAAAAGAAACAUGAACAACCCAGUCUAGUCCCAAAACGACUGUCCAUGUGCAAGAAAACUAUUGUACUUAUAUAUGAAUUCUAUGUUCGAUAUUGAUAAGGUGGGCUACUGAAACAAGUUGAAUAAAGAAAUAGAAAAUAUA